GUCCCAGACUAACCUGCUGGCAUUAGGAAUAAAACUGUACACUUUGCCUCUGAGACUCCUGGGUGCAUCUUCCAUUCUCCUGGACUACCUGUGUUGAGCUGUAGAUACUAGAACUUUAUACACUGGCUGGCACUUUGCUGCUACAUUUUGGGGGCUUGUCCGGGAUGAAUCGACAGCGCUGAUCACUUGAUCAUUGGUAGAAGCCCUUGUGGAGAGGGCAGGGGUCCUGCCCAGUCCCUUGAAGAGAUGUUGCGCCCACAGAGUCCUUUCUCCGAGUCUCUCCAGAGGACCAGCAGCUCUCCAAACUCAACAGAAGUAAGGACGCUUUGUACGGUUUGCUUGUCGGAGGAGGAAAAGGAAACUCAGGAGAAAUCAAAACUGCAGCGGAGACCUGGACACAGAAGAGCCCAGUAUCCAGACCCAGGCCUAUCCCACAUCAGCACCAUGAGCCACACGGGCCCGGCCUUCUUCUCCCACGCCAACGUCGGCCUCCCCCCAAACUAUGAAAAGAUCCAGGAGGAGCACGAGGUGGCCGUGCUCGGGGGCACCCAUGGCCCUGUUCCCGCAGCCUCCACCGUGAUCAACAUCCGCAGUGACAUCGCUGUACCCGACCACGUGGUCUGGUCCCUCUUCAACACGAUCUUCAUGAACACAUGCUGCCUGGGCUUCAUAGCCUUCGCCUACUCCAUAAAGUCCAGGGACAGGAAGAUGGUGGGCGACGUGAUCGGGGCCCAGAGCUACGCCUCCACUGCCAAGUGCCUGAACAUCAGCGCCCUGGUCUUAAGCAUCACUCUGACCAUCACCGUCAUCAUUGUGUUUGCCUUCACCUCCGUGCAUUUGUUCAAGAUGAUGACAUGAUUCUCAGAGCCACUAGUCCCGAGGCUUCCUUCCCUCCACAGCCAGCUCUGACCCUGGGCUGGGCUCUGCCCUGCACCUCACACCUUCAGCAGCUGUCCACAAUUGAGCCCAAUAAAGUGUGUGUUUCCACAGUG